AUCCUGGAGCGGGAAGAGGCGAACCUCCGGGUGAGGUAUAGUGCGAUAGAGUUCCUAGCUUUACGCUUUUCACAGGAAGAACACUGCCGGGGUGGGAAUUGUGCGCCGCGAAGCAAGAUGCUUAAGUCCAAGACCUUCUUAAAAAAGACCCGGGCGGGCGGCGUGAUGAAGAUCGUGCGUGAGCACUACCUGCGGGACGACAUCGGCUGCGGCGCGCCCGGGUGCAUGGCGUGUGGCGGGGCGCACGAGGGGCCAGUGCUGGAGUCGCAGCCCCAGGAUCCGGCAAGCAGCCUCUGCCCGUGGCCGCACUACUUGAUGCCUGACACUAACGUGUUAUUGCACCAGAUUGAUGUUCUUGAGGACCCCGCCAUCAGGAACGUAAUUGUGCUGCAAACAGUUCUCCAAGAAGUGAGAAACCGGAGCGCCCCUGUAUAUAAACGAAUCCGAGAUGUAACUAACAAUCAAGAGAAGCAUUUCUAUACGUUCACUAAUGAGCACCAUAGAGAAACCUACGUAGAACAAAAACAGGGAGAAAAUGCUAAUGACAGGAAUGAUAGAGCCAUUCGAGUAGCAGCAAAAUGGUACAAUGAACACUUGAAGAAAAUGUCAGCAGAGAAUCAGCUACAAGUUAUUUUCAUAACAAAUGACAGGAAAAACAAAGAGAAAGCUGUAGAAGAAGGAAUACCAGCUUUCACUUGUGAAGAAUAUGUAAAGAGCCUAACUGCUAACCCUGAACUCAUAGAUCGUCUUGCUUGUUUGUCUGAAGAAGGGAAUGAAAUAGAAAGUGGAAAAAUAAUAUUUUCAGAGCACCUGCCCUUAAGUAAGCUACAACAAGGCAUAAAAUCUGGUACAUACCUUCAAGGAACAUUCAGAGCCAGCAGGGAAAAUUACUUAGAAGCUACAGUAUGGAUUCAUGGAGACACUGAAGAAAAUAAAGAGAUACUCUUACAAGGACUUAAACAUUUAAACCGAGCUAUUCAUGAAGAUAUUGUUGCUGUAGAGCUUCUCUCCAAGAGUCAGUGGGUAGCACCAUCUUCUGUGGUUUUACAUGAUGAAGGUCAAAAUGAAGAUGUGGAGAAAGAAGAAGAGAGAGAGCGAAUGCUUAAGGCUGCUGUAAAUGAAAAAAUGUUAAAGCCUACAGGUAGAGUUGUAGGAAUAAUAAAAAGAAAUUGGAGACCCUAUUGUGGCAUGCUUUCCAAGUCUGAUAUUAAGGAGUCAAGAAGACAUCUCUUUACACCUGCUGAUAGGAGAAUUCCUCGAAUUCGGAUAGAAACAAGACAGGCUUCUACAUUAGAAGGACGGAGAAUUAUUGUUGCUAUUGAUGGUUGGCCCAGAAAUUCCAGAUAUCCAAAUGGACACUUUGUAAAAAAUUUAGGUGAGGUUGGAGAGAAAGAGACGGAAACAGAAGUUUUGUUACUUGAGCAUGAUGUUCCCCAUCAGCCUUUUUCACAGGCUGUUCUUAGCUUUCUGCCAAAGAUGCCCUGGAGCAUUACUGAAAAGGACAUGAAAAACCGAGAAGACCUAAGGCAUCUGUGUGUUUGCAGUGUGGACCCACCAGGAUGUACUGACAUAGAUGAUGCUCUGCAUUGUAGAGAACUCGAAAAUGGAAAUUUGGAGGUUGGUGUUCAUAUUGCUGAUGUUAGCCAUUUUAUUAGGCCAGGAAAUGCCUUGGAUCAAGAAUCAGCCAGAAGAGGAACAACUGUAUAUCUUUGUGAAAAGAGGAUUGACAUGGUUCCAGAAUUGCUUAGCUCUAAUUUAUGUUCCUUAAGAUGUAAUGUUGACAGGCUGGCAUUUUCAUGUAUUUGGGAAAUGAAUCACAGUGCUGAAAUCUUAAAAACGAGGUUUACCAAAAGUGUCAUUAAUUCAAGGGCUUCUCUUACCUAUGCUGAAGCUCAGAUGAAAAUUGAUUCAGCAACCAUGAAUGACGCUAUUACUACUAGUCUCCGCAGACUAAAUAAACUAGCCAAAAUUCUGAAAAAAGGAAGAAUUGAAAAAGGGGCUUUAACCCUUUCUUCUCCUGAAGUUCGAUUCCACAUGGACAGUGAAACUCAUGAUCCUAUAGAUCUGCAGACCAAGGAACUUAGAGAAACAAAUUCCAUGGUGGAAGAAUUUAUGUUACUUGCCAAUAUCUCUGUUGCAAAGAAAAUUCAUGAAGAAUUUUCUGAACAUGCUCUGCUUCGAAAACAUCCUGCUCCACCUCCAUCAAAUUAUGAAAUUCUUGUUAAGGCAGCUAAGUCCAAGAAUUUGGAAAUUAAGACUGAUACAGCAAAGUCUUUGGCUGAGUCUUUGGACCGAGCUGAAUCUCCUACUUUCCCCUAUCUAAACACUCUGUUAAGGAUAUUAGCCACUCGCUGUAUGAUGCAAGCUGUGUACUUCUGUUCUGGAAUGGAUAAUGAUUUUCAUCACUAUGGCUUAGCAUCCCCAAUAUAUACACAUUUUACUUCACCCAUCAGAAGAUACGCAGACAUCAUUGUUCAUCGGCUGUUGGCUGUGGCUAUUGGGGCUGACUGUACUUAUCCAGACUUGACAGACAAACACAAGCUUGCAGAUAUAUGUAAAAAUCUCAACUUCAGGCACAAAAUGGCUCAAUAUGCCCAACGAGCAUCAGUGGCUUUUCAUACCCAGUUAUUUUUCAAAAGCAAAGGAAUAGUAAGUGAGGAAGCCUAUAUUCUAUUUGUAAGAAAGAACGCUAUUGUGGUGUUAAUUCCCAAGUACGGUUUAGAAGGUACAGUCUUCUUUGAAGAAAAGGACAGACCAAAGCCACGGCUUAUUUAUGAUGAUGAGGUACCUUCACUUAAAAUAGAAGAUACAGUGUUCCAUAUAUUUGAUAAAGUUAAAGUGAAAAUUAUGUUAGAUUCAUCUAAUCUUCAGCAUCAGAAAAUCCGAAUGUCCCUCAUAGAACCACAGAUACCAGGAAUAGGCAUUCCUACUGAUAUCUCAAACACAGACCUUGAUGAGCCAGAGAGAAAGCCUCUUCGGUAA